AACAUUACCCUUUAUCCAAAAGCUGCCAGAAUCACCCUCAUUUUAUGUACCAAUAUUCCUUCUGUUUUUAAGCAGUAUUAAUUUUCCAUGUCUCCUACUCUGUCUUCUAGAUGAGCUGCCUAAGAUCUUCCUUUGUUCCGUAAUUUUCAGCAAAUCUUAUUUUUUAUCCAAUAAUCUAUUAACUGUAGAACAUUAUUGACUCCCUAGUCUUUAAUUUAGGUGGACAGUUACAUUUUUUCAUAAUCGACUCCAAAGAAAGCUACAAGAUUGAAGGUAAUAAUUAGUCGGAACAUAUGGUAAUUACACUUAUGCAAGAGGAUUGGUUUUAGUAAGCCAAUUAGCAUGCAUAAAUACAAACUAGGAAAAAAGAACGCUUCACACACAUAUAACUGCAUUGUGUUUGAGUAAGUAGAAAUAUCAGUGCUUUAGGAUUAGGUAAAGAUUUGAGGGGGAUUUGUACACACACGUGUUAUAAGAACAACAAGAAUUCAGUUGGCAGCGAUAAGAUCUAAAAAGCUAUUUAAAUCAUUAUAAUCAAAAUCUUAUAAAUAUAUAAGUAUUGUAUCGGCAUUGACAAAAUGUGACAUGAUAUAAACACACCAGGUAUCUAAAAAGAUAUUAUGUAAAAUAUAUUUCAUACUGAUGUCCUACCAACCCGUUAUGUCUUUGGAGAGAUGGUGUCACAUCAUGAAUGCAAAAUCAAUACACAUAGUUUUUAAAAUCUCCCUUGGUUACAUAGUUUUAAGUAAUCUUUUGCAGAUCUACCAUCUGUGGCUGUGGCCUUGGUAAUUGGCAUUAAGGAGAUAGCAACAUAAUCUUAGAUUAGGAUUAGUAAAUGAAAUAGAAUUACCGGUAUAACGAAAAUAUCACCAACUACUCUGAAACCAGGCUUUCCUCCUGACUGUAACUUCUACACACUGGCUUUGUGAACCUCAAGAAGAAAUAUCUAAAACAUUGCUCAGUUUGGGGGAUUAUUUCGAUUUCUACUAGGAUUGCAGUGUGGUGGUAUCAGUCUGAAACAGCAAGCCAUUUGCAAGAUAUCUUAACAUAAAACAACAAAAAAAACAAAAUCAUAUUUAUCUUGAUCAGCCAUCUACAAAUGUCGGUGAUAAGGACCGUCAAAGAGUAAGGGAAGAAACCGCUUUGCACAGCAACAAAAGUACCAAAGAAAAGUGCUUUGUCACGGCAAAUUCUUCUUGGGAUCUGUGUCUUUCCUUUUUCCUUUUGUCCAUGGAUUUCUGAGCAGAGGGGAAGGCCAAGCCACUCCUGCUUUGAGCUUCCCACUGGGAAUACAGGGGCAUCCUCAGCAGCAGUAUCUCACAAUGAUUGCAUACAUUCAUUGCCUGCCUGCAGACCCGAUGGUGGGCUGCUUACACAGGGCUAAGUGGCAGGCCUAUUGCGAUGAGGAAGAACAAGAGCUCAUUCCACUUUACACCUUCAAAAUGGGAAACUCGGUCACCAAAAAGAAUGGGCGCAGUCGGAAAAAGUUGUCUAGCGAAGAGGACAACGAGUUCUGGCCAACUGUUUCUAAUCUAGAUGAGGAAAGUAAAUGGGCCGUACACUACACGGCGGGCUGGCACCAGCAGGAAAAUGUGUUCCUUCCCUCUUCCAGACCACCAUGUGUAGAGGACCUGCAUAGAGAAGCGAAGCUGAACCUGAAGACUGUGUUACGAGAAUGUGACAAGCUUCGGAGGGAUGGAUAUCGCAGUUCCCAGUACUAUUCUCAAGGACCAACUUUCUCAUCCUCCAAUAUGGUUUGCACGCAUUAUCAAGAAGACGACGAACAACAGGAUCGCAAGUUUUCUGUUUCUUCAAGCGAAGAGGAAAAGCUUCUGCCAGGGAAAAGGCCUAAAACUCCAGUUUCACAAGAAUUCUCUGAUACUCACACCAACUGGACUAAGUCACUCCCGCUUCCCACUCCAGAGGAGAAGAUGCGCCAGGAGGCGCAGGCAAUACAGACUGAUGUGAUACCAAUAAAUGUAUCAGGGGAGAAUUUCGACCGCCAGGCCAGCUUCCGGCGGUCACUUAUUCACACAGAUACUGUGGUAAGGCGGCAGAAGAAAGUCAAAAGGAGAAAGACUAUAACAGGCGUUCCUGACAACAUACAAAAGGAGCUAGCAGCAGGUACUGGACAGAAAGAGUUCAGAGGACAUUCUUUGCAUAUACCGGAUGACUAUAACCCACUGGACACCUGUCGACCUGCAAUACAGCGUACAGAUAUGAGAGAUUUUAGCUGCCAGACUGAUGAUAUAAAGGUAAUUCCCCCAUCAGUCAGAAGAAUCCGAGCACAGAAAGGGCAAGGUAUUGCAGCUCUCAUGUCCAGUUCAUCAGGAAACAUGUCUACACUCAAUGACUCUGCAGGAUCUUCUCCACGAGUGAAUGGUGAGCUUAACUUCCGUAGCUUGCCAAGGCCAGGAGCGCGAGUCUGUCUGCAAUCCCUUGAGCAGAAGCCUGGUGAGAUCAACCAGAUAGAGGACUCUUUCAUUUCUUUGCCACGCCAGCUAAGCAAAUUACAAGUGGAUAAUACUGUAAUUCACUUGAGGAAUAACCCCAGAGCUGGAUCUCUUCAGAGGCCAAAAUCCCAAGAGGUUAGGGGCUCUGAAGAUGAGGUUUUUUCAAACCCAGCAUGCACAGUCUCACCACAUGCUGCAUAUUCAACCAGCGUCAUUCCAAAUGCCAUGCUGUCGUCUUCUUCUGAAGUGAUUGCAAUUCACACCUCUCAAAGCACUGGACAAUUGGAAAGCAAAGUAUCGCCCCACUGUUCAUCUUCGCAUAGUAAGACCAUGUGUCGGGAUCGUAAUGUAAGUGUUAAAGAUGUCAAUCGUUCCCUAAGCGGUAACUACAGUUCUACUAGACACUCACAAACCUCUGAUACAAUGUCACCAAAUGCCGUAACAGUGAUCGCCAUACGUGACUCAAGGAAUCUAAACAAUAUACCACAGGCCAUGAGCUACAAAAUUGAUGCUGGCUUCAACAGCCACUCACAGGACAGCGACACACAUAGUGAAUCAAGCUGCUCAGAUGGCAGACAACGAAAUGGCAGCAUAACCAGCAGCAUUGCUAGUGCAGACCAUUGGUCAUAUGAAAUGGGAGAGAAUGACCCUAGGGGUCUCUCAAGAAAACUGCCAUCUGCUGUCUCAAGCUCUCCUGUAAGUAACAUGAGUACCUGUAGUUCAGAGAGAAAAGCAGACACAAGCUCUUUGUACUCUGUGGAUCAUGAUGGCUAUUACACAUCCAUGCAUGUUGAUUCUGGUAUAAGCUCAUGUAGCCAAAACAAUAUAAUUCAUAACCCUAGACACAGCGUAAUUAAUAUCUUUGAUAAGAAGGACACUGGCAGUGUAGAUUCCAAGUCAAACUACAGUGACAGGUCACUCACACGAAGCAUAUCUUUAAAGAAGCCAAAAAAGCCCCCUCCACCUCCUUCUAGAACAGACUCACUUAGGAGGCCACCGAAGAAACAUGUUAAGUCCAAUGGGCAGGUGCUCAGUGAAACACUGAUUGCAUCACUUCAGCAAUCCUUGCACUUAAACCUUAAAGGCAAAACCAGUAGUUCAGCUUCACAAAGCCCCUGCAGUGACUAUGAAGAUCCUUGGGUCCUUCGGUCACGCAGCCAAAGUACAGUCAGUGCAAGUAGUAGUGGAAUGUCAGCUACAGCCACCAAUCUGUACUCAAUAUGUGCUGUCACUCCCUCACAGAGCGAAACAAGCAGCAUAAAAUCUGAGUACGCAGAUCAAUGGAGUUACGUUAUAGACUAUGCACGGACUUCUGAUGAGCAGCCAAAACACUCUCCAAGCAGAUCAUCUGGAAUUAAUGAUUACAAUACAUGUGAAGUGCGCUGUGGAGUGAAGGUUUCCAUGCCAAAAUAUCACGGAGGCAUAGCCAAACCAAAUGGUACAUCUCCAGAGAAGCCCUGUAGAGUGACUUCACCAUCUAGUGGGUAUUCAAGCCAGUCAAAUACCCCCACCACCUUGACACCUGUACCUGCACUAUUAAAAAACAUGUCUCCCGGAAAUGUAAAAAACAAAAUGAAGCCUAAAGUGCCUGAAAGACGAUCUUCUUUGAUAUCAUCAGUUUCCAUUUCAUCUUCAUCCACUUCACUUUCAUCAAAUACAUCAGAUUCUAUACAGCAAAGCGUUAAAAAGUCUAAUGUAAUUUUAACUCCACUUCACACUCCCCCAACACCCCCACUCACUCCUGACCCACCUUCCCCACCUUGUAUGGAUGUAGUAGAUAUUGGCACAGUGCCAUCUUCUCCUAAUUUCCCACCACCACCUCCGGAGGUAACAAUGUUCCCAUCUAUUGCUGAUGAAACGUCAUGGGCUCCACAAUCCCAAAAUACUGAUAAGUGUUCACCUGUAAGUUGUCCUCCCCCUCCACCACCACUCAUCAUGCACUCCAAGGUCCCUCCUCCUGCUCCUCCCCUAAACACUAAGGUGCUGAAAACAAAGAUUGAAACAACUCUACAAAGAAAAGAGGAGAAUGAUAAACCUCUCAAUAAUCAGGACAACAAACAGGAACUUCUAAGACCAGUCACUCCUCUUGUUACAACUCAUGCAUUGCAAAUGGUACAGUUAAGGUCUGUUAAAAAAUCAUUAAAACUGGAAAAUGAAAAAUUAGCUGAGCAGGAGCCAGAACCCAAACCUCAGAAUGAAACGUCAUCCUUAUUUUCACGGCCAUCUUUAGUACCAUCUGCCACCCUAGAUCUCAACACUAGUGUUUACAACAGAGAAAAUAAAAAUUGCAAUACGACAGAUGAGCUGCAAUCUUCUGAAUUUCAGAGUAAUACAGUUACAUUAACCACAGUUAAGGUAUCGGCAGAAAAGACAUUUCCAGAACAGAAGUGCGAGGACUUGUAUCAAACUAAUACGCACAAUGGCAACACAACAAUUGUGUCCGAAAUGUCAUCUCCAGAAGAGAAACCAAGCACUUCACAAACUACGCCAAAUGCAUCUCCCAACAAGAAGCCUCCUCCUGUUUCAAAGAAACCCAAAUUGUUCCUUAUCGUUCCACCUCCACAGCUUGAUUUGGCAGGAGAAAAAAUAGCUCAAGUCAAUGAGAAUGUGAGAAGCUUGCCAAAUGCCUCAGAAAGAGAAUCUACAAGCGAACAUUGUGAAGAGGUAGAUGGACGAAGAGCAGCUGAAAACGAUCCAAAGGAAGCUGUUGGUUUAGCUUAUCCAGUAGGAGAAGCUGGUUUAUCCUCUUGUGAAGUAGAAGUAGAAAACAUAUUUCUUACCCCCCACUUACACCUGGAAACUCAAAAUCUUCAGAAAGAGGGUGAACAACUAACAAUGUCAGAGGUGGUUCAUACUCCAGAGAGCAAGACUGCGAGUCCUAGAUGUGACCAAAAAGUACUAGAGGAAGAGGAAAGUGUGUUUGAGACAGGAAAUAUAAGUGCUUCCCCACUGCAGACAAGCAGUUGCAAAGAGGAUAAUAAGGAGCAAGUGAUGACCCCAACAAGACCAAGGACCACAGAGGAUCUUUUUGCAGCAAUUCAUAGAUCCAAAAGGAAAAUUCUUGGCCGCAAGGAUUCUGAUGAUGAUCGUAGAAAUCACUCUCCCUCUCCGCCUGUCACACCAACCGGAGGUCCACCAAAUAUCAGUACUUUCAAGCAGACAGGAGCAAUCCAAAGAAGCAUUCGUAAAUCCAGUACCAGCAGCGACAACUUUAAAGCUCUCUUGUUGAAGAAGGGAAGUAGGUCAGAAUGUGGGUCACGUAUGUCUGCAGCAGAAAUGCUGAAGCACACUGAUCCAAGGUUUCAGCGAUCCAUGUCAGACACAACAAUGGACCACCCAGAAAGCCCAACUUUGACCUCACCAAACAAGAACAAGAGGGCACAGGAGGAAUGGGCCAAGAGUGAAGGACUCAUGCCCAGAAGCAUGUCAGUCUCGGGGACCAGAUACAGCCGUUCAAGAACACCUCCUUCUGCAGCAAGCAGCAAGUAUAAUGUCCGUAGCCGACUCCAGAGCAGCCCUAUGACUGUAAUUUGUGAAGGAGAAGGUGAAGCUGUUGAUACUGUAGAAAGCUUCCCAAAGAUGCCGCUUAUAAUCACAAAGAGCCUUGACAGGUUUGAUAGAUCUGAUUCUGGAAUUAAUGAAUCUGUGGAUUCCGAAGGGAACAAUGACAAAGUUGAUAUAGACUUGAUGAGUAGACUUUUACAAAGUGAAGAAAAAAGCUAAGGUUUAUCUGGGGGGCUGAUCAUUCUAAUCAAAAUGCAACCAGUCCCAGCGAAGCACUGAGAAUGACCUGGACACGGACUAAUGUUGGAUGUACCAGGCACCUGUAAUACUAAAUGGUAAUGCAUUGCAGUGUAUUUAAAGUAGUGAUUGGCAGGGAUGACCUGUUGUGCAGUUAGUGCAAGAGGUUGGAGUUGUCAAAAACUACUGAUGCUUCUUCUGGAGUUGGAUCCUUUAAAACUCAUAUUGGGAAGAAAGGGGCAAGCGUAUUCAGGAAAGCUGACCCAAGGAUGCGAUAUCAGGUUGAUGAUCUGCAGUCAGAUCCUAGCUUUCUGGAGGUAAUGGAAGUUGUAAUCCAAUCACUUUUGCUAAGCAAGCAUAUAGCAAUGCGUGCUGUAUUGUAUUAGGUUAAAAUAAAGCAAGUUCUAUUUAACAGGGUAUGGUUAAACUAGAGACACAUUGCUGGCAUGAUCUGGAUCAUAAUCCAAGCCUUAUACAUUGAGUGCUAUUGGUGGCAGAUAGAGUCUUGUCAGUUUAACCCGAGCAGAUCUUUGGUUUAUAAUUAUUCUGGUACUAUUUUUUUCAGAAUCCUUCCUAUUAUUAUUAUUAUUAUUAUAGUCAUUAGCUCCUGUUGUGUAUUUUCAGCUGCUGUGCAGCGGUACAAUUCCAGGUUUAUUUCUUCAUUAGGACUUCAUUUGUCAAAAAUUAAAGAAAAUACAAAAAAAAAA